AUGGCUUCAUUCUUGGAAGAAGAGCGCGCUCGCGCUUCCUUUGACAUCCGAGAGAUGACGUUCUUUCUCGAUGGCGGCCAGGAGCGAACCAAGAGACGAGAAGAUGUUGAGGCCUUGGUGGAAUCCGAUCCCAUUUUUUCGAACUCCGACUUGUACAAUCUCAGCCGACCUGAACGGCAUCGCAGGGCUAUGCAGAAGCAACGUCGCUUGUUGGAGCUCUGCCGAAGCGGUUGCGGAGCUCCGUCCUUCAGCCUGGCGGAGCUCCGCGGUGCGGUGCAUGACAUGCUGGGCACCGACCUGCAGUCGUUGAUGUUCAUCCCUAACAUCAAAGCAACAUUCACCAAUGAACAGCAAGCCCAGUGGCUCCCGCGUGCUGAACGCUGGGAGAUCAUUGGCUGCUACGCUCAAACUGAGCUUGGCCACGGAAGCAAUGUCCGUGCUUUAGAGACCACAGCGACCUUCAUUGCAGAGACGGAUGAGAUCGAAAUUCACAGCCCCUCAUUGACGAGCACCAAAUGGUGGCCAGGUGCCAUGGGGAGGACGGCAAACUAUGCCAUCGUCUAUGCACGCUUGAUUGUCGAAGGGCGAGAUUUGGGGAUUCACAACUUCAUGGUCCAGAUCAGGGACCUGGAAACACAUCGGCCCAUGCCAGGAGUGCAGGUCGGAGAUAUUGGACCCAAGAUUGGAUAUAACAACCAGGACAACGGCUUCUGCCGCUUCGAGCGCGUGCGGAUUCCCCGCACGCACAUGGCCAUGCGCCAGACCACGCUGCACCCCGACGGCCGCUACGAGGCGACGGAGGGCCGCCGGACGGCUUCCUAUUCUGCAAUGACUGGCGUUCGAGUGGAGAUUGUGCUCACCACAGGCUAUGCGUUGAGUAUGGCCUGCACGAUUGCCAUCCGCUACUCUGCCGUGCGACGGCAAGGCUUCACGAGCAUCAUGGCAAAGGAGUCUACUGAGAUGGAUUUUGCUGGAUCAAGAGGUAAAGACGAUGGCUCCGAGAUGUGUAUUUUGGACUACACGAUGCAGCAAGAGCGCUUGCUGCCUUUGCUAGCGACUGCAUAUGCUUUCCAUUGUGCGGGUGCGACCAUGCGUGCAAUCUUGAAGGGGGACGCUGCUACGCUGCAUGUGGCCUCCUCCGGACUGAAGGCGCUUUGCAGCCGCAUUGCAGGAGAUGGCAUCGAGACGUGCCGCCGCGCGUGCGGUGGCCAUGGCUACUUGGCCGCUUCAGGGCUUCCCGAGCUCUUGGGUACAUAUUUGCAGAAUGUCACAGUGGAAGGAGAGAAUUACAUGAUUGCCCAGCAAACCACCCGCGGCUUGCUGAAACUUUUGUCGUCUUCAGCUUCGGCUACAUUCAAGAAUGCUUGGGAAGGUGACCAUUCUGCCUAUUUGAACUCCACAGCGGCAAUGUCAGCUCAGUGUCGUGCCGAGACAUCCAAAGACUUCCUAUCAAUGGAGAUCCAGUGCGAAGCCUACUGCCAACGAAGUGCGUGGGUUCUAUCUGAGCUUCAAGCCCAGCUCCAGCGUGCACAGGCCGCCGGAGCGGCUCCGGUGGACGCGUGGAACGAGUGCUGUCCCGACGUGAUCCGAGCCUCCGAAGCGCACUGCUUCUACGUCUUAGUUCGAAGCUUUUGGAGCACGAUUCUGCUUUUACGGCAGCAAGGCUCGAGCUUGGUACCAGUCUUGGAGAGCUGUUGCCAUUUGUUUGCUUUGUGGUGGAUGCGUGAAAACUUGGGCGACUUUCUGCAGAGUGGUUUCCUGACGGCGCAGCAGGGUGGCCUCUUACGGCAAGCAGUUCGCGACUUGCUCCCGGUGCUCCGUGCUGAUGCGGUGCCCCUGGUGGAUGCGUGGGGCCACAGCGACCACUGCCUGAACUCGGCCCUGGGCCGUCGAGACGGUCGAGUGUACGAAGCUCUGUGGGACUCUGUUCAACCUGAAGUCAAUCCGAUGAACAAAGACGAGGCUCUCCGCAAGAAGGGCCAGACCCGUUGGAGAUUGAAGUUUGAAGCAAAGUAUGACCUCAAAGGGGUGCUGGGCUCGCACCGCUAUGUCUCGGCUGCCCAGCGCGCCAGCGGGGUGGAGGUCUUGAAGGAGCGGGUCCGUGCGGCCGGGCUCGCGACGACGCGCCGAGACGAGGACCGCAACUUCCUGGAACGCGCGCCGCUGCGGCCGAGCGAAAAGAAGCUGGUCGUGCAACUGGAGAAGGAUGUCGAUUUCCUGGAGAAGCAUGGGCGCAUUGACUACUCUUUGCUGUCCGGCCGACAUGGAUUGGGUGGUCUCUUCCGGACCGACAUGGAUUGGGGGGCUGUCCUCGCCGAAAACCUCAAGCGUUCUGGGCCCAAGGUGCAUGUGACAUCAGCACUUCGCAAGCCAUGGGCUUGUUUUUUGUCUGGUCCUAAAACCGUGAUGGAGCAAGACUCGGUGGGUGGCACCGGCGGCGGCCUGGCCUGCGUGGGCUGUGGAAGCCGGGAAGAGCUUUUGGUCUUUGAGAAGUUUUCAGGUGCCUUUCAGUCUGCAUGUCGUCAUGCUGCCUGUGAACCUUGCUUGCGGAAUUGGACCCUGAAAGAGCUCCCCAAGUGCCGACAACGCUGGAUGCUGCGAGUCGAGUGCCCCUGCCAGACCUGUGGCCGACAAGUUCCCCAAGCCUUGCCGCUGAAGGUGUCUGCGCAUGCACGAGCCCUCGCCGAUGCCAUCGAUGCCUCGUCCGCCAACAAAGUGGCUGAUCAGCUAGUCGAGUGGCCGGCCUUGCCCAAUGAAGCCUUGGUUUGCCCACGCUGUGGGGAGGAGAAAGACCAAGUUCUUGUAAACACUGCCUGUGGUCAUGGAGCUUGUCGAAACUGCUGGCUAGCAGAUUUGCCGUCGAAGUUGGAAUGGUGCAAGGCCUACGUCGCACUGGAUGUCCCUUGUGGGCAUGAAGGUUGCUCUGAAGGGUGUUUUGAAGUGCUCAAGCAUUUGGACAGCCCAGUGAUCCCGGAGGUAAAGAGCUACGUAGAGCAAGUUCAAUCCGACCUACUUGAAUUCUCCCCUUGGUGCGUGCACGAAGCGAACGCAGGAGCUCCAGGCCCUGUUUGUCCCUCCUGCGAGUGCCGGGUCACCGCGCUCCUGUAUUGCUGCUGCCAAAAACGUGUCGCGUGCAAGCAAUGCUGGGACUCGGAUUUCCAGCAGAAGCUUCACUGGCUCCAAGACAACUUCGCCUUCGUUCCAGAUCAUUUGCAUGAGGCCACAUGCAAAGGUCCUGAUGCAUUGUCCCUCCUCAGCUCUCAACCCACUUCAAGCUUCUUUUGUAUCCAGCGACAUCGUGAAAGCCUUACCGAGGCCUUGAAGCGUGUAGCCCGGUAUGCUGCUCCUCGCGGUACAGUCGGUCCUACCUGCCCAGUUUGCAACGAGGUUUCCCUGGUGCUGCUUCGUGCUAGCCGGGCGGACCCUCACGCGGCCUGCGAGCGAUGUUGGAUGCGCUGGGCGGAGGAACAGCUGGAGGAAUGCUUCGCAGAGAAGAAGCUUCCUCGAUGUUUGUGGCCACAGUGCCAGGUUCCUAUGGCAGGUGAGGUUGACCACUUGGCAAAGGACUGUGUUUGGGAGCUUGUCCAACAAUCCAGCGCGGGGCUUCAAGAACUCCUGGGCAAGUUAAAACGCCGCAAGCGCUUACAAAACAAUCCCCUCUUUCCUGCUGCUCUUCAAGUGGAAUGCCCCCGCUGCGUUGGGAUUGGCUACUUGGGCUUUGACACGGUGAUGUGCUUCUUGUGUGAGUACCAAUGGGAGGAUUCGGGAGAGAAACCCUUGGAGCUCAGCGCUGGCGAGUGCCCCCCCGAGGAGCUUCAAGUGGCGGGUGUGCGGGUUCAACGAUGCCCCAAGUGCCGUGAAUACAUCGAGAAGAAUGGUGGCUGUGAUCAUAUGACCUGCCGAUGUCGUCACCAAUUUUCGUGGAGCACUCUCAAACCCUGGGGCUCAGUGGUUGGAUGAGCACCGAGAAAAACCCAUGGUCAAGAACACCGAGCUUCUUUUUGCCCGGAGCCUUCCGGAGCGGUGUACAGUUGGCUGAUCACCCUGACGAUGCUUGCUACAAGGUGAAUGAUCA